AUGCCUAGUCUGAAUUGGUCUCAUGCCGAGAACUGCAGCUCAGACCCACAGCCAGAAACGGGUGUUUGCACAUUCAUGGGGACGCUCAAAACCGGUCUUCCUGGAGAAGAUAAGAGCACUAGUGAAGCUAGAGUUGCAAGGAUCAAGACAGCUCUGGACAUGAUGAGAAAACACGGAUACAGGUGCCAACUUCCUCCGAAAGGAUGGACAUCUGUAUUGCUGAAUUCGGAGCCGAAGAAGGAUCCCAAAGAAGAAGAAAUUCGUUUUCUUGAAGAAAACUGCAGACCGAUUGAGGUCUUGGACAAAGCAUCAGAUGCAGUAGUCUUUGUCGUGGCUCAUAACGUUGGAUGGGUCUACAUUAGGUGCAACACACAAGAGGCAGAGGAAUUCGUGGACGAUUACCUUUGGGCAUUGAAGCAUUACGAAUUCGGCUUGGUCCGGCACGAAGAGAAACGAAGGCUGGUGAAUUCGUCACGUGGGAUCAGUCUUGUAAGUUGCACUGGUGGCACCGGCAGCAGUGUCGGUACCCUUUUUGAGUUGCAAGAUGGGUCAGGCAAAACCAUUGCAAAGGCCCUCUGUGCCUAUCGUAACGCGGAAAUGGGAAAUCCGGGCCCUACCAUUGAAUUAUUUGAAGUCUUCCGAGGAUUCCGACGUAAAGGAUUUGGAAAACUUUUGCUUGAACAUGUAACGGAAUUCUUUGAACUCAUAUUUUGUGAUGAGCAAGACUUUGCUGAACCAGUCAAUUUCAAUGUGUGCAACUGCACCAAUAGUCACGCAGCGAUGUGGUUUAUGCGUCAAGGAUUUCAAAAUUGGGAUGGUAUGGGCGAGGAGCUUGGGAAGUACUUAGGUUAUUAG